AUGGGCAGAGUGAUGGUGGCUACGCUUGGGCUGGGGCUGCUGCUGCUAGCACUGCUCCUAACCACACAGAUUUAUUCAAAUCAAACAACUGUCAUAACACUUUCAAGUAACUCCUCCCAAAAUACCUUGGUUGCCCCAAAUCCAGCUAAUGCCCGGACCACGGCCGUUGGAAGUGCCCUGCAGUCAGUAGCCAGUUUCCUUGUGAUCUUGCUUUCUCUUCUACAUCUCUUCUGUUAA